GGCAGCACACGCAGGUUGUUUUAAACAAGUGUCUACAAUGACAAGGCGUUGGGCAUCAUGUUGGUUCAUUCAUUUUUAUUUUCAUACGCUGAAUUAGAUGCAUGGAGAAAUAACAUGGCAUCAAAACAAGACAAAUCCGUGACUGGGACCAUUUCUGAUGACUUUCUUACUUGCAAAAUAUGUUGCCAUAUUUACAACGAUCCCAAAAUACUUCCUUGUAUCCACACAUAUUGUUUACUUUGCAUACAGAAAUUGUUGCAAACCUCUGCAACAUCUGGUUCAAUUUUCUGCCCAGAAUGCAGGCAGUCUGUCGCUGUUGCACAAGGGACUGCAAGUGAUCUUAAAACAAACGUUUUUAUGAAUGGACUCAUCGAGAUUCUGAAAGUGAAGACAAGUGAAGACAUCAGAUGUACAACUUGUCAUCUCAGAGGAAAGACAUCACCUGCCAAAUCUCGCUGUCUGGAUUGUGGAGAUUACUUAUGUUCAAGCUGUUCUGAUCGACACAAUGCUUCUUCCGCGACUUGGAACCACAAAAAGGUUCUACUUGAAGACAUAAAAGGUGGAUCUUAUGAUAAGGAACUCAGAUACCUUCACAGAUUAACCUGCUCAGAACACCAUGACAAGUUACUGGAGUAUUUCUGUGAGAUGUGUCAAAUGCCAAUAUGUAUGGUUUGCAUUUUAGUUAAACAUCGUAACCACAAACCUGUUACAACAACUGAGGCAGUUACAGUUCGAAAAUCCCAACUUAACACUCAUUCAGAAACAAUUCGGGAAAAUUUGAAAGGUCUCAAAAUUGAAGAAAGAAAAGCUUUAGAAAAUAUUUCAAACAUUAAAAAAAUUGAGGCCUCUAUUAAAGAGGACAUAGACAAGCAAGUUGCUAUGGUAAUAGCCAAAGUAGAACAACAAAAACAAAAGGCUCUGCAGAUUGUUGAUGGUAUCAUUGUUAAUAAAACACAUACGUACAAAUCACAGCUGGAUGGCAUACAAUUGAAACUGUCAAUAAGAAACAAUUGCUUGGAAUUCUGUGAGAAAAUUACAGAGCAGGGCAAAGACGAGGAAGUUCUCCUCCUGGAAGAUAUAGUUGUAAGCCGCCUCAAAGAAUUAGAAGACACACCUGUGACCGAGAGCACCCCGGAUGACACAGUGUUACCAACUAUCAACAUUGAAGAGAUGUGUGGUAUGCACAAUUCUCAAAAUUUAACCGAUGAUAGUCUCAGAUCCAACCAGGAGACAGUAAUGCAAACGGAAAAAACUAAAAAAAUAAUUUCUUUGAACCUUGAGCGAUCAUUUAAAAUACGAGAUCUAUUUCCAGUUACAGGAAUGACAGUUGUUGAUAAAAUGAUUUUACUUUCAGAUAAGGCCAAUAGUAAAAUUAUACAGAUUUCCACUACAGGGGAUAUUGGAGAUACUAUUACUACCAAAGGUGUGUACCCAUUUGCGAUAGCUGGAUGCGUAAAUACUAUUGGUGUCAUCGAUAGCAACAAGCUCUAUCUCUUUAGCACAACAGGUAGACAGAUAUGUAAUAAUCUAUUGUCCCAAGAACCCCCAACUCAAAGUCAUACUGUUGCAAAUUUUAACAAUAAAGGUUAUAUUGUUGGUCGCCAAGAAAGGGACGACUUUCGUGUUUAUGAUACCAGUGGACGUUUUCAACAAAAGAUAUGUGUGUCGGUAGCAUAUCCUCUGGCUAACAUCAGCGUUGAUCAGUUUGGAAACAUAACCACGUGCGAAUGGGGGGAUAACUCUGUACGAGUAUUGUCUCCUCACGAUGGAGGUACUAUUGUUUGUACCAAAAUACCAUCAUUGAGAGCAAAUGCAGCCUGCGUGGACAGGAACGGUUUCAUAUACACUGUCGAGGCAGUUGGAGAUAGACUGUCAGUAUUUGAUCAGAAUGGGUCUUGCAUGCUACAUCGCAUCACGACACCAGAUAGGCUGGAUAAUCCAGUUAAUCUGGCGUUCGACGACGAAGGUUUGAUGUAUGUGGUGAGCAAACGAGGAUGCAUCAAUGUCUACAAAGUACAUAUUGAAUGAAUAAAUGUGAAACACGGUAACAUUUAUCGAAACAGAGAACCGUUUAGAAUGUCAUCAUUGACCAAAAUGACGUUGGAAACAUUAAUUGUGUCAAUUGUUACGAUAGUUAUAAACCUAAGUACUGUAUAUUGAUAUAUUUCUAACACUAAUACAUUGUUUUUCCUGCAAAGAUCAUUUCAGUGACCUGCUCACUAUGAUCUUCUAUACGUAGGGGAUGUUUCUCCGAAGAAAAUUCCAAAGGAAUGUUUGUUCAACGACAUCCCAGCACAUUUUAAACUAUGGCUGUUUAAAGUUAAAGUUUGUUUUGUUUAACGACACCACUAGAGCACACUGAUUGAUUAUUUAUCGGCUAUUG